GGUAAGGAGUGGGACACUUGUCGUGCACCUGACACCACGAUGGAUGACUAUCCGAUGUAUGGGUUGCUUGUUGGGUUCUCCCUCUGGGGGACCCUUUGGCGUCUCCUCUUUCCUCUGGGCUUCUGGCACACUUUUACGUGUAGGGUAGACACCCGGGGUGGUACCUCCACUAAGCCAUAUUCGAAGGAGGAGGAGGAGAAGAUGACCGCCAUUCUGAGGGAAAGAAAAGAGAAGAAAGAGGCCAAGAAGAAGGCCCUACAGGAGGAGCAGGCAGCCAAGUUGAAGAAGAUAGAGGAAGAGAUGGCCAGAGAGAAGGAGAGAAUAAAGAAAGAAGAAGAGGAGAAGCUGAAAGAGGUGGAAGAGGAAGAGGAGGAAGAUGARACGMCACUGCAAAGGAAGAGAGGGCAGUASAGUGGCAACARAGAUGAUGAGAUGGAGARACGGAUUUCGGAGUGGGUCGCCAACUUAUCCCUGGGCGAAGAAGAAGAAGUGGCGAUGUAUAUCCCCAAGGAUGAUCAGGAAGCCGCUAUGARAGYUUGGGACRYAGAAGAAGAUGUCAUAAAGCGGCAGGCGAUGGAAGAUGAGAAGAGGAUGGAGUGGAAACUGGCAGUGAUGAGGGAGAAGAAGAGGAGAGUGGACGCCGCAACAGAUGCGGCGGAAGAAUUGGAGGAGGUAAAAAAGAUAGAAGAGCAAUUAGCCGCCCAGGCUGAACUCCCAAAGAAAAUGGAGGUCAUAGCCCGAAACGUUACACGCUUAGUGCGAAUUCCGGCAGAGCAAUAUGACUUCAGUAGGAGUCAGCAUAUAGCUGUGCGUUCAAUACGGUUGGGAUUUCGGGACUUUGCUCGCGAAUUGGUGGGAGCUGUUGGAGCCGAGGUGGGCCAUCGCCUCGACAAAACUGAGCGAUUUUGUGCAGGCGCCAUUGAAGGCGUCAAGGCGGCCGCUCCCAAGGAGGAGGAAGCACGUCCUCACCGGGAGCCGGUCAAAGUCAAAUUCACUGAUUCCUAUAGUGGAAAACGGGAAGAGAACUUUGAUAAUUGGGAAGCCAAUGUCAAGACCUAUGUGCAUCUGCAACAGGUCUCCCCGGAUCAGCAUGUUCUAAUUGCGAUCCACGCGCUUAGAGAUGAGGCCGCCAGCUUCGCAAGGUCCCUGGUUCGUGCUUCCAAUUGCAAUGAUGAUGCAGUUGCGUACUCGUCGUUCACUCCCCUCAUCGAUUUCCUGAAGUUGCUGCGCGAGCGAUUUGCUGAUGUCGCUCGUAGUGUUAAGGCCUCAGACAGGCUGCAGACGAUCCACUCUCGUCAGUGGAAGAGUGCCAGGGCACUCAAGAGCACAAUGGAUGAAUUGGUGGUUGUACCUAACCACGGGGUCACCGACACCCAGUUGGUUGCCCUCUUCUAUCGGGCUAUGCCCGAAGCCUUUCGAGGGCACUUCUUCGCGAAGAGCGAAGACCCUACCACCACUUACGAUUCCCUUAGCCCUGAGGUGGUAGCCUUCGAGGCAAAGUCCGUGUCAGUUUCCACCUUCUGGCACAAAGAUUUGGACAAAGGCAAGAAGUGGAAAGGCCGCACUAUCUCUGGGCAAGUGAAGACUAAGGAUAGUCUUGUCCUAACUCUAGAUGAGGGUAGUGUGGAUGAGAUCCCCUACGAUCAGAUUGAGUGGGGGUUAGAGGAGGAGGACAACAGUGUGGGCCAGGGGAGGACUUACGCUGCUGUCACGGCUGGAGGGAGGCCGCAAGGAGGAGGACGAGGCCAGGGCCAAGGGGGCGGGGCCUCAGGGAGCCGGUUUCAAGGCGAUCAGGGGGUUGGCGGCAGAGGAGGAAAUCGCCAAGCGGGAGGAAGGGGUCAAGGCGUGGCCGAAGAGUUGAAGGAGAGGAUGCCCGCCUGGGCCAUGAUGAGAAAGGAGAAUAAGGGGCAACUUAUUUUAGUGGAUACCAAGAUUUUUAGAGGUAGAGUUGGUGCCUUAGUGGAUAGUGGAGCCACUCGUAGUUAUAUCAGUAGGAAGGCGCUACAGAGGCUGAAGUUGCAGUUGAAAGUCCAAAAGUUAACAGACCCCGUAGUCAGUAUCCUUGCGGAUAAUCGCACGAUGCGAGUAGAAGACUACGUAGAGGGAGUCCAGGCGCAUUUUCGCCUAGAGAAGGAUGGGAAAGUAGAGAAAGUUCUCCAUUCCCUGACUCUCCUCGUAGAGGAUAGCCUCCCAUUCGAUAUAGUCCUGGGUAUGGACUUGGGAGAGGCAGGCGGGGCCACACUCCACUUGAGGGAGCAUGAGUGUAGGCUCCCUAGCCCGUCAGGCGAUGUCAAGACUGCGCGUCUGUACCAUGUGUCAGGAGUAGAUGACUCCUUGGCACAUUGCUGCCUUAGUGCUCCUGCAUUUGCACGACUAGUGAAAAAGGAGCAGCUAGAGGAACAGGUCUUUGUAGCCUAUGUUAGGCCAGUCACUGAGCCUAAGGAAGAAAAGCCUAUACACCCUGCUAUUGCCAAGUUGCUGGAAGAGUUUAAGGACCUAGCUGAGUCGCCGACAAGGACAGUGCCGCAGCCCAUCCAACACUGUAUAGAGAUAGAGCCUGGCAGUAGAACUCCUAAGGGCGCUGUGUAUUGGAUGUCCCCGCGGGAAUUGGAGGAGCUUCGCAAGCAGUUGGACGAGCUCCUUGAAAAGAGUUGGAUUAGGCCCAGUUCAUCUCCUUUUGGAGCACCUGUUCUCUUUGUCCCCAAGAAGGAGGGAGAGUUAAGGAUGUGUAUAGACUAUAGGGGUCUAAAUGCUAUCACAGUGAAGAAUGCUAAGCCACUGCCUAGGAUAGAUGAUCUUCUAGAUAGAGUGCAGGGGUGCAAGUAUUUCUCUAAGAUAGAUUUGAAGUCUCGAUAUCAUCAGAUAGAGGUUCACCCUGAUGAUCAGUACAAGACCGCGUUCCGGACUAGAUACGGGCACUAUGAGUUUAUUGUGAUGCCCUUUGGACUAACCAAUGCGCCAGCAACCUUUCAGCGGUGUAUGAAUGACUUGUUUAGGCCGUGGUUAGACAGAUUUGUUGUAGUUUACUUAGAUGACAUUCUAGUGUUUAGUAAGACCCUCGAAGAGCAUCAGGGUCAUCUCAGGCAGGUCUUGGAAAAGCUGAGGGACGCUAACUUCAAGAUCAACGCAAAGAAGUGCGAAUGGGCAAAGACCCAAGUUUUGUAUUUAGGCCAUGUCUUAGACGGAGACGGCAUCAAGCCCGAAGACAGCAAGAUUGCAGCGAUUAGAGAUUGGCCGACACCGCGUACGUUGACAGAGUUGCGGUCGUUCUUAGGCCUAGCAAACUACUAUAGGAAGUUCGUGAGGAACCUCUCCACCAUCGCUGCGCCCCUUCGCAGAUUGCUCAGGAAGGAGACCAUCUGGAAAUGGGAUAAGGACUGCACGUCCGCUAUGAAGAAGUUGAAACAGGCGUUGAUAGAAUAUCCAGUCCUUAAAGUAGCCGACCCGUUCUUGCCCUUUGUCGUCCCUUCGGACGCUAGUCAGUACAGCAUAGGUGUUGUGUUGCAGCAAGACGAUGGCCAUGGUAAUAGGCCCGUAGAGUUCAUGUCCGCCAGAAUGCCUUCAGAAAAGGUCGCGACAUCUACCUAUGAGAGGGAACUCUACGCUCUCAGGCAAGCCUUAGAACACUGGAAACACUACUUGCUUGGGAGGCACUUCAAAGUCUAUUCCGAUCAUGAGACGCUGAGAUGGUUAAAGACGCAGGCCAAGAUGACACCUAAGCUUACUAGGUGGGCCGCAGAGAUAGAUCAGUAUGACUUUGAGCUCGAGCCAGUCAAAGGUAUAACGUAGUUGCGGAUGCGCUGAGUAGGAGAGCUACUUUGGGGCAAUAGUGCAUUACCUA